GAGAGACAGGGAGAGGGCAGGAUCCUGCAGCUCUCACUCAGCAUAUUUCACCAGGAAGCCCCACGAGUCCAGGAGAGGAGCUGCCACUUAGGACGCUGUCUCCUUUGCAAAGGAUCUAUUAGUACAACAUACAUUAUACCAACACAUACAAAUAUUUUCCCCUUUCAGGGAAGAAGCAGAGAAAGAGAAAAGAGACUUUGAUCUCCAGAGUACUACAGUGAUUUUUUUAUGUAAUCAAUACCAUAAAAUAUCCCCAGGUCUUUCUGCUGGAUUGUAACUCAGCCGAUCAGUUUACGGCAUGUAUACUUCACCUGCGGCGAAGGCAGGCACUGGGCAGCUGCCCGUGGCGCGGUGGCAUCCGACCCUUUGCGAUAAUUAUGAAUGAGGCUUUAGCUCUCCUCCGUGUCUGUGUGUUGCCAGACAACCAAUGAGGCUGCCAAGGAAAUCGCAUUCACGGGCUGCAGAUUUCAGGAAGAAGCACAGAGAUAAUCCUGGUCUGAUGCCAUUUCGGAUGUCCCAGUGAGAACUCUUAGAGAUGCCUAUUCUCUCCGGAGGCAGUGACCAAGACUAUAGUAACAUUAGCUACGCUUCUUGUAAUUCCUUGAGCCAUUUCUUUCCUGUCUCCGUUGAAACUCCUUCUGUCAAAGGGGUUCAUUACCAAAGAGCCAGGAGGAUUUACCACCCCGAUCAAGUCUCUGCAGUCGAUCUAAAGACAGAGAUCAUGAUAAAUGUUGGAGGCAUCAAGUACCUGCUACCUUGGAGUACUUUAGAUGAGUUUCCCCUGACCAGACUGAGCAAACUUAAGCUUUGCAGCAGCUAUGAAGAAAUUAUUCAGCUGUGUGAUGAUUAUGAUGAAGACACGCACGAAUUCUUCUUUGACAGGAACCCCAAUGCUUUUGGGAUGAUUGUCAGCUUUCUAGCAGCAGGGAAGCUGAUGCUCUUAAGAGACACGUGUGCCUUGUCUUUUCAGGAGGAGCUGAGAUACUGGGGGAUUGAGGAAACCAACCUGGAGAACUGCUGCUUUCGAAAACUAUUUCAAAAACUGCAGGAGUUGGCUGAGGUACGGAAAGAAGAGGAGCUCCGGAGGAGUAAAGAAGCUGCUUGUGUUUUGGAUGAGAAAACCAAAUUCGGACAGUUUAUGAACAGACUCAGAGAUAUGGUAGAAAAUCCCCAGUCAGGACUCCCAGGCAAAGUCUUUGCUUGUCUCUCCAUCCUCUUUGUGGCCACCACAGCUAUAAGCCUUUGUGUUAGUACAAUGCCAGAUUUAAGAGCUGAAGAAGACAGGGGUGAGUGUUCCCAGAAGUGCUAUUACAUCUUCGUCAUAGAGACCAUCUGUGUGGCUUGGUUUUCCCUGGAGUUCUGCCUCCGAUUCAUUCAAGCAAGAAGCAAGUGUCAGUUCUUCAAAGGGCCCCUGAAUAUAAUUGACUUCUUGGCUAUUUCACCCUAUUAUGUUUCCCUCAUCUUGGCAGAGGAUGACUCAAACGAGGCAGACGACAGGCCAAGCAGCAACACAUAUUUGGAGAAGGUUGGUUUGGUGCUACGGGUUUUACGUGCCUUGAGGAUCUUGUAUGUAAUGCGCCUUGCCCGGCACUCCUUGGGCUUGCAGACUUUGGGCCUCACAGUUCGGAAAUGCACAAGAGAAUUUGGCCUGCUUUUACUCUUCUUAUGCGUGGCUGUCACUCUCUUUUCUCCUUUGGUCUACCUUGCUGAGAACGAAUCAGGCAAGGUGCUUGAAUUCACAAGCAUACCUGCCUCUUACUGGUGGGCCAUCAUUUCAAUGACCACUGUGGGGUAUGGAGAUAUGGUGCCACGGAGCGUCCCAGGCCAGAUGGUAGCUCUGAGCAGCAUCCUCAGUGGGAUUCUCAUCAUGUCUUUUCCUGCAACAUCAAUAUUCCACACUUUUUCCCAUUCCUACUCAGAGCUGAGGAAGGAACAUGAACGAUUGCAGUCUCGGGUAAACAGAGUAAAAAAUGCCAAUCAUUCUGGUGAAAGUGACACCUUCAAUGACACAGACAGCUUGAUCCUGGAGGAGCCAGCAUCACCGAUCAAAUACAUUUACACAGGGAACUAAGCCUUGCUGUAAAACAUUCCCAAGAAUAGGAAUAGAAAUACAUACGUGUAUGUCAACAUAAUACAUAAAGCAAAGCAAGAAAAUUAGGUUGCAACACUAUUUUUCUCUGCCAGGAUAGGUAUAACAAAGCAGUAGAAGCCAAUGCAGCUGGCUCCAACACAUCAUUACGAAGGCGGAGGUUUUGAGAAUGUCAGAAGUCAGAGUUUAUUCAGGUAAUAAAUAAAUACUCAUUCUUCACUAGGACUAAUGGUAAGAUUCAACUUUGUCUCUGCCAGCUACAUAUCUUGCUGAAAAACUAAUAUCGAAUGAAUAGCAAACAAAACCGCUUCUGUUGGCACAAAUAACACUUGUUAUUUUAUUUGCCUUUGAGUUUUCAAUGUUCUUUGCAAUUAACACCUUGAGCCAAGCAUUAGAAAGGAUUUUUUCAGGGCUAUGCAUCAGUGUUAUUUAUACAAUGCUCAUCGGCCAGGCAUACAGAAGAAGCCUCAAUAUCAAUCUGAGCUCUGUAUCUAAAGCUACUAAUAAGCUUAUAAUAAAAGCACUGUAUGUGAAAGCUUUCAAAGUUUGCCUGUAAUCAGAUGAUCAAUUUCUAAGCAACGAAUUGCACUACUGUUGUAAGACACAUAGUGUUUGCAAGAGAAUUUGCUUGAAAUACAGUUGCAGUCUGAAACAUUUCAUACUAGACAGAAGUUUUCAAACUUUUUUCAUAUACUUAAAAAAUGAAAAAAAAAA